AUGAAAUACGUGGCAGGAACAGUCGUCGCCUUUUUUUUAGGAUCAUUCGCAGAAACGUCACUCGAGGUCGAACAGCGUCUUGACGAGAAGGGAGGCAAUAGCAGUUUCAAUGUGGAAUACGACGAGCAGACUGGGAACACGCUGUCGCAACUGGCAGCAUUUGCGGCACUGCCCAAGCAUUUGCCAAUUUAA